UCGGUAGGGAGUGCUAUCAGUGGAAGGUAAAGGUGUUUUAUAUGCAAAAUCAAUUGGAUUAUUAUGGGUGAACUACAUGUGCUUAGAGAACUGGACCGUUGGCUAGGCUAGGUGAGUACUAGAGCUGGACAGACACCUGCAGUAUGGGUCUCACCUGCUUCAAGUCUUGGAAGUACAACAGCGCCACACAGAAAGGUGGGAACAGAGACGUGCUGGUCAGCCCUGGCUCAUACUUCUUCCUCUCCAACAGCUGUGGUCAGGGAGAGGAGUGGCUCAAGACCCUCAACAAGGGUGUCUGGAUACCCUUUACAGGCGUGUUUGGCCAGCGGUUGGAGGAAACGGUUCUGUAUGAGCGGCGUUACGGCGUCCAUAUGGCACCUCUGGUGGUGGAGCAGUGUGUGGACUUCAUCCGGGAGCGGGGUCUUCUGGAGGUGGGGUUGUUCCGCCAGCCAGGCCAGGCCACGCUGGUCAAAGAGUUGCAGGACGCCUUCGAUGCUGGGGAGAAGCCCUCCUUUGACAGCAGUACAGACAUGCACACCGUGGCGUCGCUCCUGAAGCUGUAUCUGCGGGAGCUGCCAGAGCCACUGGUGCCCUUCUCCAGAUACCAGGACUUCCUGGUGUGUGGCAAAAACAUCUCCUCUGAGAGGAAACAGGGUUUGACAGAACUACAGCAUCUUCUUCAUGAACUUCCAGUGGCUAACUUUAACCUGCUAAAUUACAUCUGCCAGUUUUUGAACGAAGUCCAGUCCUAUUCCAGCAGCAACAAGAUGAGCACCCAGAACCUGGCUACUGUUUUCGGGCCUAACAUCCUACGACCCAAAGCUGAAGAUCCAGAGAGUAUCAUUGGAGGGGCAGCCGUGGUGCAGCAGCUCAUGUCUGAGCUGAUCAGGGAGCACCAGUGCCUUUUCUCCAGGGAGGGGGGAAACGUAGACGGCCCCGGUUCCUCACGACCAGAUUCUUACCCCUGUCAUAGAUGGAAAGGAGACCCAUUGGAGGGAGCGCAUACCCAGCCCACUGCCCAGGCCCAGUCGCAUGACUCCAGGCUUGGCAUAACAGCCGAGCGCCUCCUACAACAACAGCUAGCCCACCAUCCUUCCCCUUGCUCCCGCCAGCUCUCCCUGCCUCUGAUUGCUGAGAGGAGAGGGUCUGCCCAAAGCCUGUGUGAAAUCAGUUUAGCCCCACGCCUCUUCAACACAGACCACCAGCAGCCAGCUGAGGGGUUCUCUCCAGUGAUCCCUGCUGUUGGGUCUCUAUACCACAGAUACACUCUGUCCCAGUCAGAGUUCCAGCCCCCUGAGACAGCACACAGCCCCCACCUUCACUCUCACCCUGCCUCCUCACUCACAGCCUCUGCUUCCACUGUGACAAUACAGGCUGACCCAGACCACAGCAGCAUGCUGCCCAGUGGCUGGACAGGCCCAGAGUGUCCCAGCUGGGCUGCAAAGCUGGGGACUACUGGCACCAGUGGAAGCAGUAAGGCUCAGGACAGCACUCUGUCUGUCUAUGACAACUUGGACACACUCCAGAGCAUUGAUGAGGUGGCUGCUGAUGGUGAUGUGGGCAGCAUUGCUGGUCCAGUGGAGGUGAAGGCGAGCAUGGCAAGCGUGGCAGACUCCAGCAGCUCAUGGUCCUUCUGUGAGAUUCUGCCCCUGGACGAUAGUGGGAGUGGUGUGGUCAGAGCUAGCCUAGGACGGAGGUCCACCAGGUUCCACUCCUUCAGGACUGACCCAGGAGAGGACCUCCAUCCAAACUCCCUAGCCUCCUCCUCUGUCCCUAAUGAUGCCCCCCUGAGCACGGGCAGCUCGGAGGUCUUCCUGCCCUCUGACCACCACGGCCCCCCGGCCUCCCAGGCCAUGUACUGUCUCCUGGCUGGCCUCAGACAAGAGAUGGCCAGGCAGAGGGCUGAGUUCGAGGCCAAGAUCCAGAGGUUUGAGCUGCGUAACGAGGCCCUCCACGGGGAGGUUGUGGGACUGCGGGCCAGCCUGGCGCAGCAGCGCCGCUGGUACAGUGUGGCCGAAAUCAAGAUCCGCAACGUGGAGCGUGCCCGGGCCGACGCCGACCGCCGCAACGCCACACUGCAGAUGGAGAUGGAGCAGUUCUUCGACACCUUCGGAGAGCUGAGAGAUGAAGCCAGUAAGAGCGAGCGCAUCGUACAAAGCUUCUGA